UUUUCAGACGGAGGAAUGCUGAGUGUCAAGGGGUCAGGAUCAAUCCGGUGUGAGUUGAUGGGGCAGGAAGGUGGGGAGGAAUGCGAGGAAUGUCCCUGUUUGUGUGGGACUCCAUUCAGCCCAUUGGCGCGCCGGCCGCCGGCAGCGUAUAAAAGGCCGGGCGCGCGCCGCAGCCCCACACAGCCGCUCUUCCCCGCUCCGAGGAGGCAGCCAGUGCCACUGCCGCCCCGCCUCGCCGAGACGAUCGCCUCCCGCCCAGCGACGGCAGCCGCCCCGGCCGACAGCCCCCGACUCGGCUCCGGCCAGGACUGCAGCGCGCAGUGCGCCCAGUGCGCGUCCGACCCCGCGCCGCGCUGCCCGCUCGGCGUGAGCCUCGUGCUGGACGGCUGCGGCUGCUGCCGCGUCUGCGCCAAGCAGCUGGGCGAGCUGUGCACGCAGCGCCACCCCUGCGACCCGCACAAGGGCCUGUCCUGCGACUUCGGCUCCGCGUCCAAUCGCAACAUCGGCGUGUGCACCGCCCAAGGGGGUGCCCCCUGCGUGUUCGGCGGGAAGGUGUACCGCAGUGGAGACACCUUCGACAGCAGCUGCAAGUAUCACUGCACGUGCCUGGACGGGGCGGUGGGCUGCGUGCCCCUGUGCAGCAUGGACGUGCGCCUGCCCAGCCCCGACUGCCCCUUCCCCAGAAGGGUCAAGCUGCCCGGCAAGUGCUGCGAGGAGUGGGUGUGCGACCAGCCCAAGGACAGCACCGCGGUGGGCCCUGCGCUGGCCGCCUAUCGGCUGGAAGACACAUUUGGCCCGGAUCCAACCAUGAUGCGAGCCAACUGCCUGGUCCAGACCACAGAGUGGAGCGCCUGUUCCAAGACCUGCGGGAUGGGCCUCUCCACCCGGGUUACCAAUGACAACGCCUACUGCCGGCUGGAGAAGCAGAGCCGCCUGUGCAUGGUCAGGCCCUGCGAAGUCGACCUGGAAGAAAACAUUAAGAAGGGCAAAAAGUGCAUCCGUACCCCUAAAAUCUCCAAGCCUGUCAAGUUUGAGCUGUCGGGCUGCACCAGCGUGAAGACCUACCGGGCUAAGUUCUGCGGGGUGUGCACGGAUGGCAGGUGCUGCACCCCGCAUGGAACCACCACCCUGCCCGUGGAGUUCAAGUGUCCGGACGGCGAGAUCAUGAAGAAAAGCAUGAUGUUCAUCAAGAGCUGUGCCUGCCAUUACAACUGUCCUGGAGACAAUGACAUCUUUGAGUCCCUGUACUACAAGAAGAUGUAUGGAGACAUGGCCUAGAGCCAGAGCGUGAGCGACAUUAACUCCAUUAACUCGUUAGUCUGUAACUUGAACUAAUUCACAUCUCAUUUUUAUGUAAAAGUGAUUUCAGUAGCACAUGUUAAUUUAAGUUUUUUCUAGCUGGGGGAGAGUUUCCCACCCCAUUCAAAACAUUGUGCCUGUCUUACAAAUAGUCUACCAACCCCAGACACUGGUUUGAAGAAAGUUAAGACUUGACAGUGGGACUACAUUAGCGAAUAGUGCCAGAAUGUAUACAGAGGUGUGGCUGUAGGAGCACUGUGGACGCCUGCGGAGAGGCUAGAGCCAUCUGACGUCAUCUGAAAGCAGUAACAGGCCUGCUACUUGGAGUAUACUCGGGAAGGAAAAUGUUACAGGUUCGGGGCUGGGGAUUUAGCUCAGCGGCAAAAGCGCCUGCCUGGCAAGCGCAAGGUGGUGAGUUCGGUUCCCGGAACCGGAGAAAAACCAAAAAAAAGAGAAAAUGUUACAGGUUCACUGACCUCCCUGUAGCUCCAGCAGUAGCAAGGGUGUGCGUUCUCCAGCCAUCCCGAGGCUGAGUCAAGUUGUUCUUGAAAUCAGGACAGCAGACUCAGCUGUGACAUUCUGAUUCCAAUGACAGUAUUCAGGAGUCAGAAUCCUGUCUAUUAGACUGGACAGCUUGUGGCAAGUUAAUUUGCCUGUAACAAGCCAGACUUUUUUUUAUUAAUAUUGUAAAUAUUGUGGAGAUAUAUAUAUAUAUUUGUACAGUUAUCUAAGUUAAUUUAAAUUUGUUUGUGCCUUUUUGUUUUUGUUUUUAAUGCUUGGAUAUUUCAAAUGUUAGCCUCAAGUUGUGAACAUCAUAGGUAGGACAGAAAGCUUGUCUGAGAAUUGGAUUCGAUGGAAAUUGUAUCAGAGUGACAGUCCAUCCAAAGCGAUAGCUUUGCCGAAGGUGAGGUCCCGGAGUCCCUGGAUGUAGAAAACGUGGUAACCUCACUUUUCAGGAAUAAAUGCCCUUUAUUCAAAAACGACUAGUUCUAUACAACUGGUCAGUUUUCCACCUGGAAGCAUCUGUUUGUACUUUGACUAUGACUGUUUUUCAGACAGUUUAUUUGUGGAGAGUAUGACCAAAAGUUACAUGUUUGCACCUUUCUAGUUGAAAUAAAGUAUAUAUUUUUUCUAUAAA